CGCGAGAAACUAGAAGGCUCCGCCACCUCCGCUGCAUCCCGCGCCGUCUCCGCCUCGUCAUCACCUCCGCCGCUGAUGUGCGAGAUAUGCUUCCAGGUCCCAUUGUCCCACCUCCACCUCCGCCGCCUUUGGUGCUUAUAGGAUCAGCCUUUGUGCCAAGCCCGUCGCCGUCAGACCCGCGCUCUUCGUCCAUCAGCUCCAGCCUCGCCAUUAUUAUCGUCAUCAUCAUCACCACGGUCACCAUUACCACUUGUAUUGUGAUCCUCCGCCGAGGCUGUCACCGUCGCCGCUUGUCCUGCUCAUCAUUAUCCCCUCGCCGCAGCUUUUCUCCAAUGGCUGUCUCUUCCUCGUCAGCUGAGUCUGGAAUGCGGUCUGCUGCAUCAGCAGCUGUUGCCUCAGCUGCAUCGUCCGUGACACAUUCUGCAGAAGGGCCAGUGAAGGGGGCAGAAUUGGUAUCAUCCUCACCUGUCUCGGCUGUGAUGACAAUGUGUGGGGUGGACACGCUGGUGCCAUCAGCACCGUCUCUUCCAGCAGAAGAGCGUUUGAUACUGGAGUUGCUCGCGCUCCCUGCAGUGCGGAUGAAGCCUGGGCAGAGGAUGGUCUGCAUCAUCUGUAAACAUGAGUUUCUGCCUACUGAUGUUCUCCUCGUCCUCCCGGUGUGCUCACACGUUUUCCAUCAAUCAUGCAUUGUCAAGUGCCUCCGCUGCACCACACCAUCAUGCUGCCCGUCCUGCUAUGCCUCUAUCACCAUCCCCGUCCCUGACAAGACUAAAGUUGCUCCAACCUUCUGCUCUGAUGAGUAUGACAUUGAGUCUCAGAUGCGAAUGCCAUCCCCGCCUGGAGCGGAGGUGGCAGAGGCUGUGGGAGGAUCUCAUGGGUGGCUGCGCUCUUCCCUGGACAGACUUUCUGGCAGCUGGAGAGGAUGCUCCAACAAUUGUGCCACUGCAGCGGUGGUGCCGGUAUCCUCACGGCGCACUACUGGGAGCCCGAGCCAAGGCUCGAGUGGCCGCCUUGGCAAUGGCUUAGAUUGCGCUAAGGCACAGCAGCCACUGCCAGUUCCUGCCUCUGAGGAGGGGCCAGAGGCUGUCAGGGCCUCUCUUGGGUGGCUGAGAUCUUUGGCCACACUCCCUGGAAGCUGGAACGGGCGCUCCAGCAGCUUUUCUGCUGAAAUGGGCUUGCCAGUGACUUCAAGGCACGUAACUGAGACCCUGGCAUCAAGUGGCCACAGUAUCACCGACUCAUGGUCCAGAAGGUGGGAUCUUGAGGCUGCUACGGUGACACCCGAGAGGCCAUCAUUUUAUGAAUAUGCUAGAUCGUUCUUCAGAAGCUCAGGUUGA